AAAGCCAAGUCACCACCUUUUUCCUCCACUAUCCCAAUACUUCCUAUAUAUGUAACCCCUCCAACCCACCAUUUCCUUCACAACACAAAACCUACAGUAUUUCUCUAUUAUUCUCUUUAUAUCUUUCUCUCUUUAAUUAACACACAAGAAAAAUGAGUGCUUCUCAGCAUUUCUCUUCUCUUAGCUGUGAGAUAAGAAUCAAAGAAGCCAAAAACAUUGAGUAUUUGAAAUCCACAGGCAAGCUGUUUGUGAGGCACUAUCUUCCUGCCGGAAAUAACAGGAGAAUCAGGCUCGACACCGGAGAAAUCCCCGCCAAGUCCGACCGCCAUGUUUGGAACGAGUCCUUGUCUCUGGAGUGUAAUGGAGCGGAUGAGGGCUCCAUGGACAGCAGCCUGAAGAAUGAAGCCGUGGUCUUCGAGCUCCGGUGGAGGAACUCUGUGCCGGUUUUCGGGAAAAUCGGGAGUUCACAAUUGUUGGGGAGGGCAGAGAUUCCAUGGAAGGAAAUACUUGAGUCACCAAACAUGGUGUUGGACAAGUGGAUCACAAUGGUUUCAAAAAGUGGGGUUGGUCCUGAAGGUGUUAAACCCGCAAAGCUUCAAGUCGGGAUCAGAGUAAGAGUUCCGACACCGGCUCCGGCGGAAGUGGAGAUGAUGGAUAUGAGGAAGCAAAGAAGAAGAUCAUCAAGGAAGAAGUACAUGGAAGAAAAGUGUGGGUGCAAAUAUGGGCAUGGUCAUGGAUGCACUUGUGGAGAUUAUGAUAUUUUUGCACUGGUGGCUGCUUUGGAGGCCUUUUAGAGCUAAUUGGUGGCACAAACCACAAUAUUGGGUUUUGAUUAGUGCAAACAAUUUUUUGUUUUUUUUUUUUUUUUGGUUGGGGGUUGUUCAUUUUCUAUUGGAUUGAGUACUAUUACAGACCCUCUUUAUUUUCUUAUUUCAUUUUCUUUUUGGAGAUUUGAGUUGGUGUGACGGGAGAUUGGGAGUGUAGACACAUUUAUUUUAUAAUUGUAUAUAUGAGCAAUAAGGAUACGAGAAUUUAAUUAUCCUUAAAAAUAGCUGUAAUCCAUCUUCUAAUCUCUAUUGAAGGAAUUAUAUUUCUUAAUUUAAAUC